AUGUCUGACAAACGGUCACGACACGACAGUGAUGCAAAAUCGCAACAAGGUCACCGGAGCUCAUACCACACGAGGAGUGAGGCGAGCUUCAGCACGGCGUCCUCCGGCCUCAGUGAAGCCCGCCGCCGAGCUGCGCUAAGCAAGCUCCAGGCGGAUCAAACCCAGCGCGCGGCCGCGGCCAAGGCUGAGCUGGCCCGGCGUCUGGCAGAGGCGGAGGCAGCCCUGGAGGCACAGGCGGCGAAGGAUGAAGCUGAGCGCUGUCAGCUGGAGCUGGAGCUGCUAGAGCAGGAGGAGCGUGGCUCGCAGCCUCGUUCGUCCGCUCCACCGUCCGUCGCUGGUCUUCCGGUGGUCGCAACAGAGCCACCGGCACGAGUGUGCGUGUCUCAACAGAUGGACGAGUCAGUCACGCGCACCCGACAGUGGCUGGCUCAAUCUCAGCCGCACGUGCCGCCGGCGUAUACGGCUCCUGUCGGCACUCUACCUCCACCUGCGGUGCGGCUGCAGCACCCGUCCCGUGACGACAACCGAGCGGUCCCGCAUCUGCCGCGCAUUACGCUGGAAAAGUUCGGCGGCUCUGCCAUCGAGUGGCCGCGGUGGAUAGCCCUCUUCAAAGCGCUGGUGCACGACCGCGCUGAUCUCACCGACGUGGAACGGCUAACCUACCUGCAGACUCACCUGACGGGGCCGGCGAAGGAGUCUGUGCGCGGCAUGCUCUGCGACGCCAGCCUCUACAGCACCGCCCUGGGUGAGCUGGAACGAGAGUUUGGUGACCCGUCCCGUGUGAUACACGCCACGAUGAAAAGACUCCUCACAGCGCGGCCGGUGAAAGAUGGCGAUCUGUCAGCGCUGACAGAGCUGUCUCGUGAGCUCCACACCGCGGCGGUGGAGAGACGCCUGGACCGAGACCCUGACCUCUGUCGGUCGUAUCGAGACACGAUGAACGACUAUAUCACCCAAGGUCACGCCAGCAAGGUCAGCGGAGAGCAGCGCACGCACGGGCGGACGUGGUAUCUGCCCCACCACGCCGUUCAAAACCCAAACAAGCCAGGGAAGGUGCGCGUCGUGUUCGACGCGGCGGCGAGGUGUGGUGGCACGUCACUGAACGACAAUCUCAUCACUGGACCCAACAAUCUGAACUCACUCGCCGGCGUGCUCAUGAGGUUCCGACAGGGCCGCGUGCCGAUCGCGUCUGAUGUGAAACAGAUGUUUCACCAGAUAACCAUCCGUGCUGAUGACCGACACGCACAACAGUUCCUCUGGCGAGACAUGGACACAACAAAGGAACCAGAAACGUAUCAAAUGAACGUGGUCAUAUUCGGUGCUAAGUCAUCACCAAGCACGGCCACCUACGUGCUACGACGGUGCGCAGAAGACGGCAGAGACAAACACGCUCGGGCGGCCGACAAGGUCAUCAGCCGCUUCUACAUGGACGACUACCUGGACUCCGUCGACACCGAGAGCGAGGGACGGGAGUUGGUCAACUCGCUCAACUCUCUGCUGAGCGCCGGCGGCUUCCACCUGACAAAAUGGACGAGCACGUCAGACGUGGUGCUGAAGGACGUGCCGCCUGAGGACAAGUGUGAGGAGUCGCGCGACCUUGACCUGACCGGUGAGAACAAAUGGAUGAAGACGCUGGGUGUUCACUGGUGCGCUCAGGAUGACCAAUUCAGGUUCAAGGUCAAGAAGGUCGACAGUGGGAACACCAAGCGUUCCAUCUUGAGCAUCACGUCAGCAGUGUUCGACCCGCUGGGCAUGUUGGCUCCGUUCAUUGUCCGCGCCAAAUGUCUUAUUCAAAAGAUCUGGCUCGGCGGAUGGGACUGGGACGAGGCCAUCAGCGACAGUGAGCUCCUCGCUCAGUGGCACAGCUGGCAGCGGGAGCUGAACGACACAGACUGCGUGCGAGUGGGCCGCUGUUAUCGCCCUGACGACAGAGCGAUCGUAAACUGUCAGCUGCACGUGUUCGGUGACGCCUCUGAGCUUGCGUUCGGUGUGGUGGCGUAUCUGCGGUUCGAGCUCGAGGAUGGCACCGGCUACUGCAGCUUCGUGAUGUCCAAGGUGCGGGUCGCACCCAUCAAACAGCUCAGCAUACCUCGACUGGAGCUACAGGCCGCUGUCAUGGCCGUCCGUGUGGCUGACACCAUCAAGGCAGAGCAUGAUAUGGCCAUCAACGAGACCGUCUUCUGGAGCGACUCGUCCACCGUGCUCCAGUGGAUCAACAGCGAGAGCAGGCGGUUUAACACCUUCGUCGCAAACCGCAUCGCCGAGAUCCAGGAUGCGUCAGACGUGACUCAAUGGCGACACGUGCCAGGGCCACUGAACCCAGCGGACAUAUGCAGCCGAGGCUGCUCGGUGACGGAGCUGGCGCCCGGCGGCGUGUGGGUUCAAGGUCCGGCCUUCCUGCGGCGCCGUCACCAGGACUGGCCCGCCGCGCCGCCCCGCACGACGGAGCGCCCGAGAGACGAGGAAACGGCCGAAAUGAGGGUAAUAGCCUGCGCCACUGGGGGAGCUGAGCCGGCCAUAAACCCCAGCCGGUUCUCAUCAUGGCUCAGGCUGCUGCGUGUGACAGCGUGGGUGUGCAGGUUCGCUCACAACAGCCGCAGCCGAGCAGCUGCUGAUCGGCGGACAGGACCGCUGACUGCUGAAGAGCUGAGAGAGGCUGAGCGUGUCUGGCUGCUCAGCACACAGGCCGAACAGUUCGGCGAUGAAGUUGCAGCUCUCCAGCACGGAAGGCGGCUCCCAUCGAACAGCCGACUGCAUCAGCUGACACCCUUCCUGGACUCGACCGGCCUACUGAGAGUCGGGGGCCGGCUGCGCCACGCCCAGAUGGACUUCGAGGUCAAGCACCAGGUGAUACUACCUGCGCGCGGAGACAUCACUCGGCUGAUUGUCACCGACCGACACAAGAAGCUCGCCCAUUCCGGCGCUGAACACGUGCUGACUCACCUGCGGCAGCAGUUCUGGGUCAUCUGUGGCAGAGCCGCAGUGAAGCGGUACACACGUGCCUGCAUGCUGUGCCGGAAACGCUCAGCCCGGCCAGCACCGCCGCUGAUGGGUGACCUACCAGCCUUCCGAGUGGGCGAGCCGGCCCCGGUCUUCGCUCGUGUAGGAGUGGACUUCUUCGGCCCCCUGACGGUGAAGAAACAUCGCAAACGAGAAAAGAGAUAUGGCUGCCUGUUCACCUGCCUGUCUACCCGAGCAGUCCAUAUCGAACUGGCUCACUCACUGGACACCGACUCGUUCAUCAUGGCCAUGCGACGAAUGAUGGCGAGACGGGGCAACGUCAGCCUCGUGUGCUCGGACAAUGGCACAAACUUCCGUGCUGGUGAGCGGGAAAUGCGGCAGGCACUGCAACAGUGGAACCAGACAAAGAUAGCAGACACGCUGUCCCAAGAAGGAGUUGAGUGGAGGUUCAACCCACCAGGAGCACCGCACUUCGGUGGCGUGUUUGAGCGACUGGUCCGGUCAGCCAAACGCGCACUGACGACUGUGCUGGGAGACCGAGCCGUGGACGAUGAGACGCUUCGAACGGUCGUCACCGAGGUGGAAGGGCUCCUGAACGGCCGUCCGCUGACCUACAUCAGCACCGACCCCGACGACUACCAGCCGCUCACCCCCAAUCACUUCCUGAUCGGUCGCGCGUCUCCCCAGCUGCCGCCCGGCGUGUUCGUCGACGGUGACCUGUGCGGCCGACGGCGCUGGAAACACACCCAGGUGUUAAUCGACCACAUCUGGCGGCGCUGGCGCCGGGAAUACCUCCCGACACUCACCACGCGGGUGAAAUGGCGCGCAGACACGGCUGACGUGCAGCUCGGGGAGCUAGUGCUGGUGACAGACGACAAUCUGCCCCGCGGACACUGGCCUGUGGGGCGAGUGGUGAACGUGUUCCCUGGCGCCGACGGCCGAUGCUACGCGUUCACACUGUCAUAG